AUGGCCACCGCUUCCGCCCCCGAAAGCUCGCUGCUUUCCCUGCUGUACCGCUCGUACCCCACGGUCAUUUCGCCUGACGCCACCGAGCUUGACCUGGCCCACGCGACGCCCAAGAUCUUCUCGCAAAACUCCUACACCGAAGCCGAACAGGCCGAUGCGAAACAAUGGCUCGAAGCAGUGCGUGGGCUGACGGCUGGGCUGGCCAAGGACGACAAGCAAGUCGUCGACACUAUUCUGGGCACCUUCAACACCCAUCUCUCGACGCGGACGACUUUUCUCGGCGCGAAGCCGUCGGUUGCUGAUAUCGCUGCCUACGCUGUGAUCGGCCCGCUCGUGGAGAAAUGGACCCCCGAGGAGCGCACUGGAGAAAAAGGUUAUCACUACAUCGUGCGCCAUAUCGACUUUGUGCAGAAUGGAUCUGUGUUUGGCCUGCGGAUUCCAGACGAGGAAAAAAUCUCGAUUGACUUGGACGAUGUCCGCUUUGUGCCAAAGCCCGCAGACCCCAAGGAAGAAAAGGAACGCAAGAAGAAGGAAAAGGCCGAGGCCAUAGCGGCUGGCCAGGAGAAGACCAUGGUCGUCGGGCAGACCAAGGGCAACAAGGUGAACGACCCCGUUCACGAAGCGCCUACCACCACCACAGAGGAAGCGCCCGCUGCUUCAAAGAAAGAUAAGCAGAAGAAGGAGAAGAAGGAAAAGAAAGAGAAAGCCCCCAAACCGCCUCCAGCACCGGCCGCUCCCCCCUCACCGUCUCUGAUCGAUCUCCGUGUCGGCCACAUCCUGCGCGCCAUCAACCACCCGAACGCGGACUCUCUAUUUGUUUCGACCAUCGACUGCGGUGACGCCCUCGGUAGCGAUAACACCUCUGUCGACGAGGCUACUGGCAAGACUGUCCGAACCGUUUGCUCGGGCUUGAACGGUCUGGUGCCGCUGGAGGAGAUGCAGAACCGCAAGGUGGUCGUGGUUUGCAACCUGAAGCCCGUCACGAUGCGCGGCAUCAAGUCUGCUGCCAUGGUUCUCGCAGCAUCGCCCAAGGUCGCUGAGGGCGAAGACUCACACGGUGGUCCGGUCGAGCUGGCCACCCCACCAGCUGAUGCCGCCGCGGGCGAGCGCGUGUUCUUCGAGGGCUGGAGCAGCGGCGAGCCCGAGAAACAGCUCAACCCGAAGAAAAAGGUGUGGGAGACAUUCCAGCCAGGAUUCACCACGACCGACAGCCUGGAAGUGGCGUUUGAAAGCGCGCAGAUCCCCGUUCUCCAGGGCGCAGAGGCCACUGCAGCAGCGCCAGCGGUGGGCAAGCUGGUCACUCAGGCCGGGGGAGUUUGCACGGUGAAGAGCCUCAAGGGAGCUGCUGUUCGAUGA